AUGUUGUUUUCUCACAGCUAUGCUGUCUUUGGAUAUCCUUUCAACGAUCAUAAGCCCCACGCUCAAUCCGCCGAGAAUGCCACAUUCGACUACGUUGUUGUCGGAGGGGGCACAGCAGAGCAAAGAUACAAGGUAGCUGUGGAGGCAAGUGGCUCCAACGAGUACAUGCAUCCAUUGGCUCGAAUCCAGGCGUCUUCGAGUUUUGGGGUUGGUGCAGAUGGCCAGGCCACGACUCCAAUUGACUGGAACUUUGUCAUACACGGUGUUCCGGGGGCAAAUUUUUGUGAUUUUCAUUCCCCAAGAGGGAAAUGUCUGGGCGGGUCGUCAUCUACUGACCUUGUACUGACGGCAACGCGAGAAAUUAUUCUUUCGGUGGGUGCUUUUCAAUCCUCACAGCUCCUGAUCGUUUCUGGCAUCGGUCCUGCCCAGGUGCUCAGUACAUACGGAAUCAACGUGAUCGUCGAUUUACCUGGAGUAGGUCAGAAUAUGUGGGACCAUGUAUUCUUUGAUCCCUCUUACCAGGAAGAUGUGCCAACUCUGGUGAUGCUAAAAAAACGAUUUGAGCCAUCUUCUCAAUCAGCUGCUGAUAAACUUUCCCCAGAGUCCCGCUCUGCACUUUCCGAGACCACCGAGGAUGACUUGUCUUUUAUUCCGAGUGAUUGGCCGGAGCGCGAGCAGCCUCCGGCUGAGCAAUGUGCUAGCAUUGCUGCGGUCCUGGUGGCGCCAACCUCACGGGGAAACGUGACUAUUCGUUCCACUGAUACGGCAGAUGCCCCAGUGAUCAACCCGAAUUGGUUAGGAACAGAGACAGAUCAACAAGUUGCAGUUGCAGCGUACCGGCGCGCUCGUGGUUUUUUUCGUUCUGGUGAAAUAGCGUCUGUCAUCAUUGGCGAGUGUUUCCCUGGGUCCGACGAUCAGACCGAUGCGGCAAUAUGA